AAUGUGACAGACAAGUUGAUCGGGCAAGGGGGACAUGCAGAUGUGUACAAAGGGCGUUUAUCUGAUGGUCAAGUAGUCGCGGUAAAGAAAAUAACUAAGCAAGAGAAGAAAGACGAGGAUAAAGUUGAUGAUUUCUUAUCUGAGCUGGGAAUUAUUGCUCACAUUAACCAUCCUAAUGCUGCUAAGUUAAUAGGUUAUAGUGCUGAUGGCGGUUUAUACCUUGUUCUUCAGUACUUACACCAUGGAAGCCUCGGUUCCUUAAUACACGGUUCGGAUGAGAGACUUGAUUGGGAUAUAAGAUAUAAAGUUGCUGCUGGUAUUGCCGAAGGAUUGCUUUAUCUUCAUUGUGAAUGUCCAAAGCGCAUAAUCCAUAGAGAUAUUACUGCCUCAAACAUAUUACUAACUGAAGAUUAUGAACCUCAGAUUUCUGAUUUUGGACUAGCAAAGUGGCUGCCAGAAAAAUGGGUUCAUCAUGUUGUUUCUCCCAUUGAAGGAACUUUUGGAUAUAUGGCUCCAGAGUACUUUAUGCAUGGAAUUGUCAAUGAAAAAACGGAUGUAUUUGCCUUUGGAGUUCUAUUAUUGGAGCUUAUUACUGGUCGCCGUGCAGUUGAUUCAUAUAGAAAGAGCCUUGUGUUGUGGGCAAAACCGUUGUUGCAAAAGAACAACAUCAAGGAAAUAGCAGAUCCUCGUUUAGGUGAUGUUUACGAUGUUGUUGAGAUGAAACGCGCCAUGUUUACAGCCUUAUGCUGCCUUCACCACUUGCCUGACAUUCGUCCGAACAUGAAAAAGGUUGUUCAGCUAUUGAGAGGCGAGAACGCACCAGUAGAAAUGAAGCAGAGGUCAAUGGGAGGGAGAGCAUUGAUGUUUUCACACGAAUAUACAAGCACACAUUAUAUCCAGGAUCUCAACCGCCAUAUGGAGCUCGUUAUGGAGUAAUCUUCGCACACUCUUUUUGUCAAAUGCUAUCAAUCCUAGCUCUGCUUCUGCUGUUCUGUGUAUUCUAGUUGUUAUCCAUUAUGCUAUAUAAGCAUGUAAAAGCGAGAGGAGUUUGAGUCGAUGGCUGCUAGUUUUUGGUUGAAAUUUUCCGAGAUGCUACCCCAUUUAAACGAAGAGAAUCAACAUCUAAAAUUUUGAGUUUUUCUUUACGGAGCAGCACAAGUAAUGCAGUAGGAAUGAACUGCAUUAAGUACAUUAUAACAUAUGAAAAAAGUGCACAUUUUUUUUUUAUGUUUUCUUUCAUAUUGUUUCUGUAUUUGGUUGAAAUCAUCAUAGUGAUGAUUCAUUUUGUAGUUGAUCAUAAUUUUGUAUAUUCUAUAGUAGAAUUUUGUUAAGAUGUUAUCAUA